AUGUUGACAAAUGUAGAGAAAGGAAUCAAAAAGAAGAUCAAAGGAAAGAAGGAUAAAGAUGAUGAGUUGUUCACCCCGGAAGAAUUAGAGAAAUAUAAAAAAGAAAAAGAAGAGGAAGCGCGUCGACUUGCUGAGCAGCAGCAGCAGCAGCAGCAGCAGCAGCAACAACAGGAGGAGGAAGUCCAGCAGGAGCAGGCGCCGCAGGAGGAACCAGGAGCAGAAAACGGAGGAACUGCCAGCAAUUCCGAGGAGAAAGCCGCUCCUUCAGGAGACAAGCAGGACUGGAGAAACUUCUUCGCUGCCACUGACACCGUCCUCAAGAAGACCUCUGACAACCUCCAGCACAUCAAGGAAGCAAGUUACUUUCAAAAGAAAGAGGAGAAGCCUGCCGAACCCAGUGCAGCCGCUGUUCCCUCUGCUGCAGCUGCAACAGCAGCCCCAGCUGGACCGCCAAGUGCCACCGGUAAGAGGUGGGUCGACCUUGAGAGUGGAGGCAUCGACGAUGAGACUGAGGUAGAGGGAGAAGAAGAAGCCCCGAAGGAGGAGGAACCUCAGGACAAGAAGGAACCCGAGGCCGAACCUGCACCGCUACAGUUCAUCGAGGAUCUUCCUGAUGUAGAUGUCGACGACUUUGCAGAAGUCUUUGACACCACUUACGUCGACAACGUAGAGAGCGGCGAGGUCAAACUCCACUACAUUCCUGACAGUCCAACCACCGACUACGCCAACGAACCCGACCCCUUCGAUACCUCCGUGGUCGACAAAGUCCUUCACGCCGAGGAACCAGAACCCAAGAAGCCGCAGCAGACCCAGAAGGAACCCGAGAAGAAGAAAAAGAAGCUCGUAAGCCUCGGAUGUGCUGUUGACGUCCUCACAGGGAAGCUCCAAACCCCGGAGAAGACUCCUGUGAACACUACAGUCGACUCCAAAAAACGGAGGGUUAUCCCCCAGGAAAUCAAUUUACUCGCUGACUUCACUGAAAAUGGAGAUGCUGUAGCCGAAGAGGGUGAAACAGCAGAGAAAGAGGAGAGUGAACAGAAACCAGAGGAAAAGAACCUCUUGGAUGAAAUACUUUGUGUAGGUGACGGAGAAGGGCAACUACCUGAACUUGGUGCUGUUCUAGGCACAACCCCACGCGCUGUCUCCCCUGCACUUCCUACCGAAGGUGAAGAGGGUGAAAGUGACGUAAAGGUAAAUGAAGGAAUUGAAGGUGAGAACAAAGAAGUUGACCUCAGCGAAUUCCUAGAGUCCUCAGGAGACGACCAAGACUCGAAAGAAACCAAACAGGAGAACGGAAAGGACUUAGACCUUAAGGAUCUUGUUGCUGAGUUUGAUAUUAUCGACAAAUCUGAGGUAACCAACGAAACUCUUAUCCCUACUGAACCUGAUCCCAUUGAAGACGAAUUUGACGCUGAGUUCGCAUUCUUAGCUGCCGAGUCCGUUGCUAAAUCAAAGGAAAAGGAAUUCGAGGAGCUUGAAGACGAUCCCUUUGACACUUCAGUUGCUGCUCAAGUUCUUGGACCGGAAGGAAACGCUGAUGAGAAAGAUCCAUUUGAUGUGAGUUUCGUUGAUGGUGUGGUAAUCGAAGACACCACUCAGAAAGUAAGACCUGCUAAACCACCUCCACCUCGACCUACACUUCCCAAGGUCCAGAAAGAAGAACCUGAAGAGGAAGUUGACCCCUUCGACACAUCCAUAGCAGAGAAGCACCUGCCUGUAGAUCAUCUCGCCUCCCCUGACGCAGACGCAAGUCUUCCAGAAGCACUACAGCCACAGGCAGAGAGUGACAUUACUAAAUCGGCCAGUCAACCAGGUACCCUCAGUAAGAGUGACUCUGACUUUGACUUUAAUCCACGAGAGGAGGAGGAACCUAAAGCUGCACCCUGCUUGCUAACCAGUUCAGAGAUCGAGGACACUAGUGCACCAGUCCUCGCACCCUCUCAGGACGCACUUGCAGACGACUUUGAUCCUUUUGAUACUUCUAUUGCAGCAAAGCCAGCAAAUAAUCAAGAGAAAUCUGAGGAAGCUUCUGCUACACCCAAGAAGAAGCAGCCACCACCACGCCCUGCUCCUGCUCCUGGACACCUGCUAGCAACUACACCUACAGAUAAUAAUCCGACACUUUUACCAUCAAGUGCCAACGAAAAGUCUUCAGCUGACGACAACUUUGAUCCAUUUGACACAUCUAUUGCUGAAAGUUUUGGAAAGACUGAACUCAAGGCUCUUGAAAAUGAACUUUUGUCUUCCCAAAACACAGCUCAAGAAGUAAAGCAAGUUCCUGGAGAAAAGAAACCCGAGGACAGAGCCCUUGAUCUUCCAAUCAAACCUCUUCGUCCACCAUCCCCAUGCCCACCUUCAGUAGCAGACGACUUUGAUCCCUUUGAUACGUCUAUUGCUGACCAGUUUGGUAAGACUGAAUUGAAGGUACUUGAAAGUGAACUUCUUGUGAGUGGCUCAUCCGAAAAAGUUGCAGAGGACAAUAGCUUUGACCCUCGAGCAGUAGAAGCUCCGGCAAAGCCAUCGAGACCUUCAAGACCGCCGUCCCCAGCUCGUCCUCAGUGUCUCCUGACUGCUUCUCCCUCACCAACAGGUGCUCCCCCUAGUUUGGAGCUUUUAGCACCAACAGAAACAAAACCCAACGCUCCAGAGGCCGACUUUGACCCAUUUGAUACCUCAAUUGCCGACAAAUUUGGUAAGACUGAACUCAAGUAUUUCGAAAGCGAGUUGCUUGACACGGCACCGGCUUCAGGUCCUGAUCCGUUUGACGAGUUUGACCCCAGGGCCGAAGAAACUAAAUCAAAGGUACCCCAGAGACCUCCUAAGCCAACCAGGCCUCCAGUGCCCCCAGCUCCCUGUCUUCUUGCAACCACUCCAACAGACAUCAGUGCUCCCUUGCAGCCCUGCAUAGAACCAAGUCAGGAGCCCAAGGAGGCAGCAACUGCAGAAGAGGAGUUUGAUCCUUUCGAUACCUCCAUUGCAGACAAGCUUGGCAGAACUGAAAUAAAGUUCCUAGAAGAAAGUCUUCUUUCCAAGGAAGAAAGUCAGGUUGAAGCUAAGCCCCAGGCAUUCGUUCCUCGUGUAGAGAAUACCACUACCGCUGCUCUGCCUGAAGCAAGUGAAGCUCCCUCUGUAACAGCUGAUCAUUUCCUUUCAUCUUCUCCUACUGAGGACCUCAGACCUACUCUUCAGCCAACAUCAAGUGUGACAGAAGAGUCUGCGAAAGAGUUUGAUCCAUUUGACACUUCCAUUGCAGACCAGUUUGGUAAGGCUGAACUAAAGACACUUGAGAGUGAACUUCUUACAGAUUCGGGUGUUAAAAGGAAUUUAAGUGACGACGAAUUUGACCCACGUCAAGAGGAAGCAAAGGCUCCAAAGCGACCUCCACUUCCCCCUCAGAAACCCGCAACACCCGUCAACUUGUUAGAUUCCACUGACGACCAUAACUUACCUGAUCAACCAAUCCAGGUUCUCCAGGCACAGUCAGCAAAAAGCCCUGAAAUUGGGGACGAUUUCGACCCAUUCGAUACCUCAAUAGCUGCUGAUAUUGGACCAAGCAAAGCUGAACUGAAAUAUCUUGAGACAGAGCUCUUAAGUGCAACUAAAGAUCCAUUUGAUACUUCAGAGGCAUAGGCUGUGACUUUAAAUUUAGAAGCAAGUUAUAAUAUAUAAUAUC